AAUACACUAUACUUAUGUAUGCCUUUACUACGAACAUUCGUCUCCCUAAUUUAGUCAGUCUCUUUCGCUCGCCUCUGGCUUUGAAAUUCCCCGCGCCAGCUAUUUCGAUUCUUAAUCUCGCUUCGAUUUUCGUCGGAAUCACUGUUUCCGGUCACCGGAGCUCCGUCGCUUGACUUUUUAAUCUUUUUGAAGAUCAGGUUUACUGAGAGCUGCAAGCACUUGCCAUCAUGUCUAGGGAGGAUUUGAGUGAUACACUUCGAAUACUUGUUGCUACUGAUUGCCACUUGGGCUAUAUGGAGAAGGAUGAAAUAAGGCGGCAUGAUUCUUUCAAGGCUUUUGAAGAGAUAUGUUCUAUAGCGGAGGAGAAACAGGUGGACUUCUUACUCCUUGGAGGUGAUCUUUUUCAUGAGAAUAAACCCUCUAGAACUACGCUAGUCAAAGCCAUUGAAAUUCUUCGUCGCCACUGCCUUAAUGAUAAACCAGUGCAGUUUCAAGUUGUCAGCGACCAGACUGUAAAUUUUCAAAAUGCGUUUGGUCAUGUAAAUUACGAGGAUCCACACUUCAACGUAGGCCUGCCCGUGUUCAGUAUCCAUGGAAACCAUGAUGAUCCAGCCGGAGUGGACAACCUUUCUGCAAUUGAUAUUCUUUCUGCAUGCAACCUCGUGAAUUAUUUUGGAAAGAUGGUUCUUGGUGGUUCAGGUGUUGGCCAGAUUUCUCUCUACCCUAUACUUAUGAAGAAGGGUUCAACAACCGUGGCUCUCUAUGGUUUAGGAAACAUCAGGGAUGAACGUCUCAAUAGAAUGUUUCAGACCCCACAUGCUGUCCAAUGGAUGAGGCCUGAAGUUCAAGAAGGAUCUGACGUUUCUGACUGGUUCAACAUUCUGGUGCUACAUCAAAAUAGGGUGAAAUCAAACCCCAAAAAUGCAAUAAGUGAGCACUUUCUUCCACGGUUCCUCGACUUCAUUGUGUGGGGACAUGAGCAUGAAUGCCUUAUCGACCCCCAGGAGGUAUCUGGAAUGGGCUUCCACAUCACACAACCAGGAUCUUCCGUGGCAACAUCACUGAUCGAUGGGGAAUCAAAGCCAAAGCAUGUUCUUCUCUUAGAAAUCAAGGGAAAUCAAUAUCGUCCUACGAAGAUACCUUUGACAUCUGUGAGGCCUUUUGAGUAUACAGAGAUUGUUUUAAAGGAUGAAGGUGAUAUUGAUCCCAAUGAUCAAAACUCAAUUCUCGAACACUUGGAUAAAGUGGUCAGAGAUCUAAUAGAGAAAGCCAGCAAAAAAGCUGUUAACAGAUCAGAUAUCAAGCUCCCAUUGGUUCGAAUCAAGGUAGAUUACUCUGGAUUUAUGACGAUAAAUCCUCAAAGGUUCGGACAGAAAUAUGUGGGAAAGGUUGCAAAUCCUCAGGACAUUUUAAUAUUCUCAAAGGCUUCUAAGAAGGGUCGGAGCGACGCCAACAUCGAUGAUUCUGAGCGGCUUCGUCCAGAAGAACUGAACCAGCAAAAUAUAGAAGCUUUAGUAGCUGAAAGCAACUUGAAAAUGGAGAUCCUUCCAGUUAACGAUCUGGAUGUUGCUCUUCACAAUUUUGUGAACAAGGAUGAUAAACUAGCUUUCUACUCAUGCGUUCAGUACAAUCUUCAAGAGACUCGUGGUAAGCUUGCAAAGGAUUCAGAUGCCGAGAAAUUUGAGGAGGACGACUUGAUUCUUAAAGUUGGAGAGUGCUUAGAGGCAAGAAGAAUCAAAUUCAGUUACUUUCUGUUGCAGAAUGAACGCUUGAAAGAUAGGUCCACUCGACCCAGUGGUUCCUCACAGUUUUUAUCCACUGGAUUGACAUCAGAGAAUUUGACGAAAAGAAGCAGUGGCAUCGCGAGUGCUUCGUUCAGUGAUGAUGAAGACACGACUCAGAUAUCUGGCUCAGUGCCUGCCACUAGAGGACGGAGGGGUUCAUCCACUGCUAAUACAUCUCGUGGUAGAGCUAAGGCCCCAGCCAGAGGAAGAGGCCGUGGUAGGGCCUCAAGUGCGAUGAAGCAAACCACUCUUGAUGGUUCUCUUGGUUUUCGCCAGUCUCAAAGUUCGGAGGAAGAUGAGAACACUAGAGGCAAAGGACGUAAAAGACCAGCUACUACUAAGAGAGGCAGAGGUAGAGGUUCUGGGACUUCAAAACGUGGUAGAAAAAACGAAAGCUCUUCUUCACUUCAUAGGAUGCUCAGUAACAAAGACGAUGACGAGGACGAAGAUGACGAAGACAUUGAAAAGAAGCUAAACAGAUCUCAACCUCGGGUUACAAGGAACUAUGGAGCUCUAAGAAGAUAAAAAUCCAUAUCAACCCUGAGCUAUGACCUCAAGCUUCAUCUCUCUUUUUUUCUUUUUCCUUUUCUAGCGACCUCUCAAGGGAGAUAACACUGUAGAAGAGAAGCCAAUACUAAAACGGGUGUUGUGAGAUGUACAGAGAAUUUUGUAGUGUACUUUUUUUCUUGCUCUUUAAGGUUUUGUUAUUGAUGAAUGAGGAAAUUAAUCAGUUAUAUUGGCGAAACUUGAAUGGUUAACGUCAGUAGUAAUAUAAAACAUUGUUAGUAUA